AUGAAGUGGAUGGUGGUGGCCUUGGUCUGCCUCCAGCUCUUGGAGGCAUCAGUGGUCAAAAAGGGUUUGGGGGCCAAGGCUGGCUACCUCCUGACUCGGUGCCUGGGGGAUGCUGAGGCCCCAGGAUACAGCCACUCCCUCUUCAACCCCAGCCAGUCCUCCACCUACUCCUCCGACGGGCAGACCUUCUCCCUGCAGUAUGGCAGCGGCAGCCUGACUGGCUUCUUCGGCUAUGACACUCUGACUGUCCAGAGCAUCCAGGUCCCUGACCAGGAGUUUGGCCUGAGUGAGAAUGAGCCGGGUACCAGUUUUGUCUACACACAGUUUGAUGGCAUCAUGGGCAUGGCCUACUCUGACCUGUCUGUGGGUGGGGCCACCACAGCCUUGCAUGGCAUGCUGCGGGAGGGCGCCCUCACCAGCGAAGUCUUCAGCUUCUACCUCAGCAAGCAGCAGGGCUCUCAGGAUGGGGGAGCGGUCAUUUUUGGGGGUGUAGACAACAGUCUGUUCACAGGGCAGAUCUACUGGGCCCCCGUCACCCAGGAGCUGUACUGGCAGAUUGCCAUUGAGGAGUUCCUCAUUGGUGACGAGGCCUCUGGCUGGUGCUCUGAGGGCUGCCAGGCCAUUGUGGAUACAGGCACCUCUUUGCUCACCGUGCCCCAGCAGUACAUGAACGCCCUCCUGCAUGCCACAGGUGCCCAGGAGGAGGAGUACGGAGAGUUUCUUGUGAACUGUAACAACAUACAGAACCUGCCCACCUUCACUUUCAUCAUCAAUGGUGUGCAGUUCCCUCUACCACCCUCCGCCUACAUCCUCAGCAACAAUGGCUACUGCACCGUGGGAGUUGAGCCCACCUACCUGUCCUCCCAGAGCGGCCAGCCCCUGUGGAUCCUCGGGGACGUCUUCCUCAGGUCCUACUAUUCUGUCUUUGACAUGGGCAACAACAGGGUGGGCUUUGCCACUGUGGCCUAG